UGCGAGGGGGAAUCGGGGGGGUCUUUCGGAUGUAGCACGGAAACAGCCCUCACACGCGCUCAUUCGUUCCCCCCAGUCAGCCGACCAGCCUGCCACACAGCGAGCCAGACAAAGAGGAGCAGCAUCCUGCCAGAGGACCGCACGCUCCCCGGGGGAUGGGGCAUCAUACCCCUGCAUCGCGUUGGGGGUGUCAGAGGAGGCACAGGAGAGCCAUUCAGAGGAGUCGGGGAUCAAAGGUGAGAAGAGCAGAGGGCACCAUGGAGAGUGAACCUGGGGCCCCUGCCUCUACCGCUGGCGGUACUGGGACCAUUUCCACAACCAGCAGCUCCUCCUCCACCGCCACCAGCAGCACCAGCGCCCCCGCCACGACCAGCAGCCCCUCCAGUGCCUCGGCUGCCAGCACUAGUGCUUCUAACACCACUACCACUGCUUCUACCACUCCAGGCAGCGUUAGUGGUAGUACCAGCAGUAGUAGCGUUCCAAGCAGUAGUGCCAGCGGCAGCACCAUAGCAGGAAGACAAGCAGUGCAGCAGAUAUCCAUCUAUAGCGGGAUACCCGACCGACAAACGGUGCAGGUUUUUCAGCAGGCGUUACACAGACAGCCGAACACGGCAGCACAGUACCUGCAGCAGAUGUACGCCGCCCAGCAGCAGCACCUGAUGUUGCAAACGGCAGCCCUCCAGCAGCACAGCCUCAGCACCGCUCAGCUGCAGAGCUUGGCGGCUGUACAGCAGGCCAGCAUUGCAGCCGGCAGGCAGAACUCCUCACAGAAUGGCACUUCAUCUCAGCAGGCUGGGUCUACUCAAGCUACAAUCAACCUGACCACAUCCCCAGCUGCCGCCCAGUUGAUCAGCCGGGCCCAGAACAUGAGCUCCCCCCCCACCAGUAUUUCCCAGCAAGCGGUUCUGCUCAGCAGCCAGUCCAGCCCGACUCUAACACCCAGCCAGGCCCAGCUGUACCUGCGGCACAAGAUGGCUCAGCAGAAUAACCUGGUGCAGGUGGCCAGGAGUCUGGGUCGGGCCGUCCCUCUGCCCCCGCAGCUCAUCUUCACCCCCGCUGCUACAGUCACGGCCGUCCAGUCUGAGAGUGCCACACAACCCUCCGCACAGAACCAGGUUCAGAAUUUGGCUAUUCGCGGCCAGCAGGGGGCGACCACCUCCUCCUCUCAGACUCAGACCCUUCCUCUCAGCCUGAAGCAGAGCCCGGUGCCCAUUCAGCCCGCUUCACUCGUCAAGAAUCCCAGUCAGGGGACCCAGACCUCAUCAGGUGGGAAGUCCGCUUCCUCUGACGGCCCGUCAGACGGAGGAAAGAAAGGAGACGGUCCGGCGGUCACAGAGGUUCGAGCUAUAAACAUGAGCCGUAACAUCACAGCAGUGAGUGCUCAGCCUCUUAUUGCACCAGCCUACACCCAGAUCCAGCCUCAUUCGCUGGUCCAGCAGCACAAACAGCAGCAGCAGCAGCAGUUCGUGGUCCAGCAGAGCCACGGCUCCCAAAGGCCGACGGGCCAGCUGCUGCAGACCGCCUCCGUUCAGCCGUCGCAGGCCCCCGUGCCCGUCCUGCCCAAACCUGCGCCUCACCAGCCCUCCACUCCCAGCCAGCAGGCCACCAUCUUCCACUCCACCCUCAGCCCCCAUGCUCUUCACUCCUCCCUCAACCAAACCAAAGCCCAGCCGGUCCAGCUCACUGCCAUCAACCUGCAGAUACAGCCGGCCACCCCACGACCUGUUCAGGACAUUAAAGAUAAGCCGACCUCGUUAGUAGUUAGAGAAACAAGUCAGACCCCGUCUACUCAACAACAGCAGCAGCAGCAGCAGCCGCCGCAGCAACGACCCGCAUCUUCUCCAUCGCAGCCCUUCAAGCCUGGAGAGCAGCCCAAAAGCAACGCCGCCACCCCGCCUGUUCCAGCACAAGGAGGGGGAUCAGCCAAGAGGCCGAGCGCGACGACGCCCGGGACCCCACCUCCAGCCAUGACCUCUGGAAACGAGAACGAGGCGCCCACCGUGACGGGCAGCGCGCCGCAAAACGGGGAGAACAAGCCGCCGCAGGCCAUAGUCAAGCCCCAGGUCCUCACGCAUGUCAUCGAAGGCUUCGUCAUCCAGGAGGGAGCCGAGCCGUUCCCCGUGUGUGUGGAGCGUCUGCCGAUUCUCAUCGACAGCCCAAAGAAGCUGGAUCAUCAGCUGUCUUCAGACCCCGACAAAACUCCCGUCAGCAACGCGGGGAACACCGACUCUGAGCCCGAGGACAUGAACCAACCAGAAAAAGAAGAACCCAAGCUGACCUGCGAGUUCUGCGGCUGGGUGGACUUUGCCUACACCUUCAAGGGAUCAAAGAGGUUCUGCUCAGUGGCCUGUGCAAAAAGGUACAACGUGGGCUGCACGAAACGGGUUGGACUUUUCCGUCCAGAGAAGAACAAAACGACAAACCGCUGGCGUAAAAGGUCUCACGGCCGCUCCAGUAUAGAAGCUAAGCAGCAGAAAAUGUCCCCGUCACCACAGCAGACUCAGGGAGGCUCUAUAUCCUCGCCGCAUGCCUCUCAGCCCAGUCAGGAGGAGUCCAGCCCGUGUUCAGACAUGUCCAGCUACGAAGAGCCGCCGUCGCCCAUAUCCGCGGCCAGCUCUGGGCCCCGCGCUCCGGCCUCCGCCCAGGUCCCCGUCCACCGGCAACCAAGCAGGUCCUCGGAGCCAGAGGGCUGCCCCGGCAGAGACGCACCCUCACUCAGCGAGCGUUUCCUCCCCAGCGACCCCACCAAGUGGAACGUAGAGGAGGUUUACGAGUUCAUCCGCUCUCUGCCAGGUUGUCAGGAGAUCGCCGACGAGUUUCGCUCUCAGGAGAUCGACGGACAGGCGUUGCUCCUGUUGAAGGAGGACCACCUGAUGAGCACUAUGAACAUUAAGCUGGGACCUGCACUCAAAAUCUUUGCACGCAUCAACAUGCUCAAAGACUCAUAGCAGACAUUGUGUGUGAAUUCAGCUCAUAGCACUAUAGCAGCACAGAGCACUGACUGCACUGUGACGCAGCCUUCUCAGCACUACUGGACUGCUUCCUCCAGCUACAGAAGGGAAAAAAAAAAAACCCUGAUCUGCAUUUUUAUCACCAGUCCUGAUGGAACAACAUGAUGGUUAUUUCUCCGUGUUUUCGCAGGUGUCAGUACUGAAAGAAAGGGCAAAGAUCUGCCACACUGGGUCAUUUUGCGCUCAUAUUUUGAAAGAUGUUGUGGUUAAUGGUCAUGUUGUGCUCCCCCCCCCCCCCCCCCCCCCCCC